UCCAACAAAUUUCGUAUUCAUCAGAAAUAAUGUUUUUACGAUAUAUAAUAUUCAUAAUAAUUUCAAAUUGUUUUUUAUUCAGUGAAAAUAAAUUUGUGCUACCACGAAAUAUACAAAGAUGUAAUCUCACAGAUUCAAGUUUAAAUGCGUGUAUUUUAAAGAAUGCUCAAGAUUCUUUGGCGAUGUUAAAAGAUGGAAUACCAAAUUUUCAAAUUUUACCAAUGGAUCCAUUAUUUAUUGAACGAUUAGCCAUACCCGCAAAGAAUGGUAUCAGUGCAGUAAAAUUAACUCAAGAGUAUCGAAAUGUUCUCUUGCAUGGUUUGUCAAGAUCAAAAAUUUUGGAUUUAAAAAUCGAUAUUUACAAUAAUUAUCAAUUGAACAUUACAAUAUUGACACCUGUCACAUAUAUGACCGGCGAUUAUCAUUUAGCUGGUAAAGUAUUAGUUUUACCAAUUAUGGGUAAUGGAACCUUUAAUAUAACGUUAAUCAAUACAAAAAGUUUUAUGAAUAUCACAUCGAAAAUCAUCAAAAAACCAAAUAUUGAAUAUUUACAUAUAAUUAAAUGUGAUUUAGAAUUAUAUCCAGAAGAAAUUCGAAUGCAAUUCGAGAAUCUAUUUAAUGGGGAUCCAACACUUGGAACACAAAUGAAUGUAUUCUUAAAUGAAAAUAGCCAAACAAUAUUUGAUGAAUUAAAGGAAAAAAAGUUCGAAUUACAAGGGACACCGGAUUAG